CCCCCUGCAAUGAUGUCCGACUUGACUCACCCCACACAAGUUCUGCUUGUGUUCCUUUUUUAGAAAACAAAAUUAGGGGCUGUUACGUCCUGGGGUGGAGUCAGUCCUGGGAGAGAGUGUGGACGUGAGGCAGUGGGCAGCGCGACGUGCCCCAGCCCACGAGGCCACUGCCUGCCGGGUGAGCAGGGCCCCUCGCGGACGUCAGUAAGAGGUCGCCCAACGUUGCACAAGCAAGGCCGUGAAGGCAGAGUGCCGGCAGAGGAGCAAGUCCCCUGGGAGGGUGAAGCCCACGGUCAGGCUGCAGACCUGCCCCCAGCGCCCCAGGUCUCUCUUUCCCACCGUGGCGUGGGGGUGCGCUCUGCCCCGCCCAGGGCUCCGAAGGUGAGGUUCUGGGCAGGGUGUGGCCCUGGGUUCUGGUGCUGAAGUGGCCUUGCUGAGCCCCCGUUUCUCCCUGGCCCUCAGCCGGAGUUCACAACCAUGCCUCCGUGACAGGGACGUGGCACAUGUUUGCAGGACCUGCUGAGACCGUAUGAGCCGUGGAGCCCCAGACCCACCCCAAGGGAGUAGUCUCCAGCUCGAGGGCCCCACAGAUGUGCCGGCAGCUGGAGGUGCCGCUCCUCACAAGCCUGUACUGCAGACGGGCAGAUCGGGCUGGGCAGCUUGGAGACCCUGCUCUGGGCACGGCCUCUGCAGAGCCAGGGGCUGCUACUCAGAAGGCCACACGCCCGGCGGAAGGGAAGACCAGGGGGGCGUCUGAGGACAGGAGGGCCCUCCGACCGAUCUUUUUAUUUCAGUGAAGGUCACAUGAUCUGAAAUUAACCACUGACUGCUUUAAAGUGUGCAACUGAGUGGCAAUUGGUGCAUUCACAGUUUUGUGCAACCAACACUUCUGUUGAGCUCCGGAAUAUUUCCAUCACCCCGAAAGGAAACCCUGUCCCCAUUAGCAGCGCCCUUCAGUCCCUCCUGGAGCCCCUGGUGACCACUCUGCUUUUGGCAUCCAUGGAUCUUCCUGUUCUAGUGGAGUCUUACGCUACGUGGCCUUCUGUGUUUGGCUCCCUUCCCUCAGCACAGUGUUGAUGUGUCAGUUUGGGCCCAGAGACCCCCUCCCCUUGCCACAGACCCCGUCUGGGCUCAGGCUGCUCCUGGGUAUGUCACAGCCAUGAAGCGGGUCCUGGGGCUUGGGUUACCUCACUGGGCCCUCUGCUCGAGGAGGCCGGCAGGAUCCCGGUCAGAACCCACAGAUGCUCUCGGCGGUCAGAUAACUGAGCAGGUGCCCAAGGUAGGGGUGUCCCUCAGAGCCACGCGAGCCAGGCAUUGGCCACAGACCGCACAGCAGGACCAUGGCGCCUCGGCCACCAUGUCAGCAGGACAUGCCAGGGAGAGGGGCUGUCUGGGCCGACAGUGCUGGAUGAGGGGGAUUCAUCUUCCUGCUCUCUUCCUGCUGGAAGCUACACUCGGAGCAAGACCAGCGCUCGGGAGUCCACGCACGUCAGCGUGUGUGCACGUGUGGGCUCCUAUGUGCGUUUGUGUUCACGCACGUGGCGCGCCUGUGAGCGCGAGCAUGCACGUUUAAGCCCGGGCACAUGUGCGUGCAUGUUCGUGUCAGUACCUGUGUGUAGAUGUGUGCGUGUGAGGGCCUGCGCCCUGCCUGUCCUGCACUCCGCCUCGUUCCCCCACCUGCCCCGCGGUGUCGACCUUGCGGGGGUGGGCAGCUCAGCUGGGUGCACGGGGGGAUUGCGGGCAGGCUCAGAGAAGCACCGCCCGUGAUGAAGUUCGUGACUGACCUCGCUGUCAGGCAGGGUGAUAAUCGUCCUGGGGGGUGCUCCGCGCUCCAUAAAAACUGUUGGCGCGGCUGCUGAGGGAACAAGAGUGGGUUGCGACGUGGGGGCCGAUUGCACGCUUUCCCGUUUGACUUUCUGGGCACGCAGUUGUGCGUGGGGAAGGUUCUGGUUGCCCCGGGCAGGGGGCUUAUGCAUGCUCUGGUUUUAUGUCUGUUUCUUAAUAGGCCCUGAUGUUUGUAGCUUCUAAAGUUAUUUUCGUGGAGCGGAGGUGUCUCUGAGGGAAGGUCAUUUCUCAAAGGCAUGAGAGGCUCAGGUGGUUGUGGCUCUGGGUCCGCCGUCUGCAGAUUUGGGGUGCCCUGGGGUAGUGCCUUGCCGGCCCCACUCCUCGGCGGCCUCCUCCAGGGUCUACUGUUGAGCUCACAGGCCCCCCCAUGAGGCAGCCUGCGCGCAGGUGUAUCUGGACAAGCAUGUUCUGUGCAGGAGGCGGAGACGUUGCUCAUCACUUUGAAGGUCUGUGAAGACACCUUCCAGCGUCUCGAGCGAGGCAUCGCUGCGAACAGGGACCAUGGCCUUGUUGCCAACGCUCGCACAUGUUGUCCGAGACAAGGCCUUUCGAAGGUGAGCGCGCCCCUGCCUUUAUGUUCAGCCCCCGCCGUCCACAGCCUCUGCUGUACCCGUGGCUGGGUUCUUGGGGCCCUGAGACCGUGGUCAGGCAGCCUGGUUGUCUGCCCUGGGUCUCUCUGGUGGCGCAUUGGCCUGGCGGACAGUGGACGGUGGUGGCCGGCGGCCCAGCUGCAGAGUCUGUGGCUCCUACCUCACAGGGACACGGUUCCGGGUGAAGGUCAGCGCCCUGUGGUCCGCCGGCGCCAGCCCAGUCCUGCCCACGUGCAGGUGCUGGUGUGCAGGGUCCACAGGAGGUGGCCACUCUCCCCACUGCCUGGCUCCCCGGCCCCCAGCCCCCUCACUCCUUGGGGCCCCUCAUCUGGGGCCCUGUCUCCUCCUGCCUACCUGUGGUCAGACCAGGCUGCCAGGAUCAGCGUCCCCAUCAUCCCCAUGGAUGUUUUGCUCCUUGAGAUCUCCUAGGACAUGUUGGGCUGGAGGGACAACAGGCUGGGUGGAGCAGGACUGACCCAGACAUGAAGACGGCCUCGGCACCAGCCACGUGGCCCAGCUCCCUGCCCAGCAGAGAGGUCCCCAGGCUCCCCAGGAGGGCUCUCUUGGCUGCUCCACACUGACCCCUGGCCCCUGCCCACUGGUUUCUCUUCAUCCUGGGCCUGGCCCAGCUGCCUGGUCGGAGGCAGACCCCCUGGCCACCGCAGGGGCCAUACACAGCCCACCCGGCUUGGGUGGCUUCCCCAGGGAGGCGUGUGUCCCCCACCAAGGAGGGGUCGGGAUCUGAGAAGGCCAUGUGGGGGUCCUUGGACCCACAUGGGCCCCGGAAAUGUCCUGCACUUGACAGUUGAGACCCUGAGGGGAGGGGAGAGGCAGGGAAAGGGGCUGCUGAGCCAUCCUCAGGAGAGACCCCUUCCCGGCACACUGUCCACAUGCGCUUCACCCCCGCCUCUUCUCCUGCCCUGGCCCUUCUGCGGCUCCUGAAGGGCAGACUCGGGACACUGCUGUCCCACCCGACCUGGACGGAGCACGCGAGCCUGGGUCCCCGGAGCAGACUUGGCCAACAGGUCAAGUGUCACGAGGAACCUUGAGAUCGAUGCCCUGGCCGCUGAAGCAGAGGUUGGGGGCCAGGAGCCUUCUGCUGGUUUGCCGAGGGGCUGCCGUGGGAGGUGGUGUAGUCGGAACUCGGGACCGUGUAGAUGGACUCCGGCCUGGGGGUGCUGCCCACCAGCCCGGCCUGUCUGGGACCCCUGUGCCUUCUCUGCACCCCCCUCCCCCCAGCAGGCAGUGGGGGCUCAGGGGGGCCAGCCCUGGCUUUAUGAGGCACGUCCUUGGGUUCUGUCACUGCCAUGGCGACCAGGGGUCCUCACUUGGGUCUGGGUCCAGAGAGAGGCCCAUGCCUUUCUGUCUAGCCUGGACCGGUGAUCGGGUGGGGCAGACGGAGCAGGCGCUGGCUCCCGGGGAGGUGGGUGCCUUCUGCUUCUGCUGCGACCAGGGAACUCACAGGCGUAACCUCCGCGCAUCCCAAGUGGGACAGAGCGCAAAACGGUGAUUCAGAAGCUGUGAGGACCUGUGUCGGGCGACGGGGUUCUGGUCACGUGUGCGCAGUUGUGUCCUAGGUAUGCAGGUGGGGGUGCCCAGGACUCCGGGCUCUUGGGAGCACGGUGGGACAGGCAGGAGGAGGAGGGACCGUCUACAGCUGCGCGGGGCCCAGAUGGCCCCUGCACGAAGCUCCUGCCAGUUGGCCAUGCUUGUGUUGGGGACGCGGAGGUGACAACGGCUCAAGGCAGCAUCACAGCACCAGCUCACCUUGCACUGAAACAAGGGCUAGAACCCUCAGGGAUGACAGAACACAAACGUCAGGGACCGAACUUGGGCUCAAAGGGGCCCCGGGCCCCACCAGGGCUGAUCCCCCGAGCCCACUGCCUCGUCUGCCCAGUAGGGGAUGACGAUGCUCCCGUCCCGCAGACAGUCCAGAGGACCAGUUUCAGCAGUUACAGAAGGAGUAAAUGAGGGCCCAGCCCAGACUGCACAGGGCUGUCAGGGAGGUCAUCCAGAGAGAUGACACGAGGACAGGCUCGAGGGGCAAGAUGGCUGUUAGUGGGGGUGGGGGGACGCGGUUCCAGGCCAAGGAAAUAGCCCAAGAAAGGUCGAGAAUGAGAAAUGAGUCCAGAAACCCUGUGUGCCUGGGAUGUGCAUCGUGUGGUGUGUGUGGUGUGUUAUAUGUGUGUUGCGUGUGGGGUGUGCGUGUCUGGGGAAGGUGGUGUCUCCACGGUGUCUCGUCCACACGCGGAGCGCGCAUUAACUGUGCCCAUUUCGCCCCAGGAGGAGACAGGAAGCACCACAUUUGUUGGGAGCCUAGUGUUUGGGUGCGGGUUUUGAACUGAUGGGAUCCCCCAAGGGCUAAGGAUCGAGCCAGAAGGUACGCGCUUGCCCUCCGGCCGAACUUCAGACCAGGACCCCUCAUCCGCCAGGGCCCGCGCAGCCGCGGAGCCCGCAGGGACGGACUUCCGCCGCGCCCGCCCCGCUGCUGCCCGUGCUGUGGGUAAGUGCGCCUCCCACUGCCGCUCGGACCACGGGCCUGGGGGGUGACCCACGUGCCGUCCUCAUGCCUGAGCAAACGCGGCCCCUGCGGUAAGUAGGACGCGCUUGCCCACCAUGGAGUUCUGCCCUUGGUGCCUCCCGACUUCUCAGGGCCACUUGCAGGUGCGACGCGGGGGAGCUUCCCGGAGCCCCCAGAGGAGCAGGGACUCGGUGUCCCCGCAGGCCUCGCCCUCGGCCCCCGCGCGCUCGUGACACCGGGGCUGUUUAGCUUCCAACUACUCUCAGAACCUGAAGAAUCGCUCCUUUAAAUUUUACAAACUCCGAUGCCGGUUGAACUUUGGGGUUUCCACACAUGAUCACGGUGACCUCUCCGUCCUGGGAACCCCUGCAGGAUGGGGUGCCACGCCCCUAUCCUUGCCGGCACGGGCGGCCCUGGGGCUGACCCACGUCCUCACGUCUUGCUCCUCCACAAGAUAAGUGGUCUCUCCCUCUGUUGUCCCGUCACUCAGGAUUUCUUCCUCAGGGUCACUGCUUUGCCUCCCGCCCUGAGGUCCGCAUGUGCCCCCGAUCCGACCUUCCUGGGGGUUUGAUUCUUGGCAGCGUCCUUCCUGUUGGUUCACGCUUCCAUCAGAAUGUUGCUUUUGCUCGGGAAUCACGUUGUAAUGCAGGGUGCUUUCCCUGCCCCAGUCCCCGCUGCGCUGGCCUUGCUGUCCAUGGGGGAUGCUCUCUGUGGGCCCCCAGGAGCCUCACUGACCAGGGAAGCCCUGCCUAGCCCCGCAUCCCGAGAAUGGAGCGGCCAGCCCGCAGAGAGCAGCCGAAAUCUGCCCUCGUGGCAAAGUCCCCAGGACCCUCAGGCCUUCACCCGCCGUGGCUGUGAUGUGUCGCUCACCCAUUCCCUCAGCCCGCCACCUGGCCAGAAGUGGCCGUGGCUCCCUCCCAGCCCCUCACUUCAACACCGGUGACCCCAGAAGCCCCACAGCCCACAGGUCUUCAUCCCAUAGCAAGAACAGCACAACUCUCUGGGAAUGUGGCAUCAGUUCUGUCCUUAAGGGAAGAUUGUAGGAAGAUUCUCUGAGGAUUUAAGGCACAGAAGAGCGUGGUCACACAGCGUGGGUCUGCUUUUCCUGCCAACUUUCCCUCAUCCUGAUGGGGGUCUUCCUCCUGCAUGUGACAGGUUUUCUGAUGAGUCAGUGCCCAUUUGUAAACGAAGCCCGCACUCAACUGAGGUGGUCACGGCCAUGCCUGUGCUGGGGUCCUGGCGGUGCCUCUCCUGGGUCCUCGGCCCUGUGGGCCUCACACCCUCCAAGAGUGUUGCAUCGCUGCUGUGGCCUGGGCAGAUGCAGGACUCCCCUGGACCCUGGAGGGUCCCCCCCGCCAUCCGCCUCCAGAGCUGGGCAGCCCUGGGGUCCCCUUGCCAUGCAGGCUGCAGGAGGGGUCCACACACAGCCUGUCCGCCCCCUCCCAUCUUGCAGAUGGAUUUGUGCAGCAGAAGCUGGAGACGGGUCGUCCCAGAAGCUGGGGGCAAGUGGGCCUCGCCCCCCCGCCUGUCCCGAGUGAAUGGCUGGUCGAGGCCCCUGCACUCCUUCCAGGCGGUGGCCUGGGUCACGCUCCUCAUCAUGGCCAUUGCCACCUUCGGCAUCUUCAUUCCCUUCCUGCCGCGUAACUGGAAGUACAUUGCCUACAGUGUGAACGGCGGGCUCUUCUUUCUCCACUUCCUAGUCCACUUGAUUGCAGUUUCCAUCGACCCGGCUGAAGCCAACGUGAGGCUCAAGAAGAACUACUCCAAGCCGUUGCCGACCUUCGACCGGUCCAGACAUGCACACGUGAUCCAGAACCAGUAUUGCCACCUGUGUGAGGUCACUGUGAGCUCGAAGGCCAAACACUGUAGCGCCUGCAACAAGUGUGUCUCUGGCUUUGACCACCACUGCAAAUGGCUCAACAACUGUGUGGGGAGCAGGAAUUAUUGGUACUUCUUCCUCUCCGUGGCCUCCGCCUCGGCCGGCCUGCUCUGCCUGAUCAUCAUCCUGCUCUACAUCUUCAUCCAGUUCUUCAUCGACCAGGAGGAGCUCCGCACGCACCCCUACUACGAAAAGGUCUCCAACAAGAACACUUGGAUGCUCUUCCUCCCCCUUUUCCCUGUAAAGGCAAAGACCCUAGUGGUCCUGGGCAUUGGGGUGUUCGUGCUGCUGUUGGACAUCGUCAGCCUCCUGCUGCUUGGGCACCUGCUUAUCUUCCACCUCUACCUAAUGGCCAAGAAGUUGAGCACAUUUGAUUACAUGACACAGGGCCGCCAGCAACAGACUCCAAAAGCUUCAGCAGAAAAGGAAGAGCUGUCCUUCCAAAUAGAAUUCCCACAGCAAGCAGGUGAUGACCAGAGUUCAUCUGUACACAGAGAGAAGCACAAGGAGCCCCAGCCACUCCGGAAGUGCCCAAGUCUCUGUUCCACCACGGCCGUCCACCCAGAGAGCUCCUUGAUGCUAGUGCGAACAGAUGGCGACCAGAGCUCAUCCGCACAGAGAGUGACGUCCAAGGAGCUCCUGCUGCCGGAUAUGCCCUCCUUUCAGUUGUCCGCUACCAUGUACCCAGAGAAUUCGUGGCUAACGGACACAGGCAGCAAACUGACGUCAUCUGCACCGGGCAGACCCAGGAGGAAGGUGCUCCUGUCGCGAUCCGAGUCCUCAAGCCUGAGGUCCACCACCACCGCCAGCCCAGAGAGCGCCCUGUCGCUGCAGGUUUCAAAGGAUCAACAGCAAGAAACAAGGCAACCUAUGAGAGGAGACGGUGGGAUAUCGCUCAUGGAAAAGACCGUGUGUGGGCAUUCGCAUCCCCUUCUCAGCUCCGGCAGCCGCUCACCGCAGGGCAGGGGAGCCAAGGCGCCCACACCUGAGCCGCCCUCCUUCAGGAUCCCGUCUCAGGAGUCAGACCUGGAGAACCUCAUGCCCCUGUAUCGGCUGCCAUGCAGCCACCAGAAUGUGCUGUCCAGGGAGGGCGCCCGCUGCGGGGGCCAGCAGAGCCCGGCUGGGGCGCCCGCCACCUCCAGCCAUGAGCCACGAGGGGAGCAGGCCGUCCAGGGCUCGUGCCAUCUCCAGGACGGCCAGCCUCCAGGGGCGACACCGGAGGUGGCUCAGGCCAGCGUCGCUCCGUUCGGCCAGGCUGAGGGCCCGCCCGCGGCGCGGGGAGAGACCGGGGUCCGCCUGUGUCUCCCCGGGGAAGCCCGUGAUCCCGACGCCUGAUGGCCUGGGGGGCUCACCGCUGUGCUCAGAGGGCAGCGCGUCCUCGAGGGUCCCCGGCUGUCCCUCCUCCUGCACAGACACCAGGGGUGCCCGGUGGCCUGUUCCUGUGGAGGGCAGCCCGGGCUCUGGCUGCGGAAAGUCGGGCCGAGGAAGGGAACUGAGCGCCUCCUCGGAUCCCGGCCACGCGGAAGCCUUCCCUGGAACCUGCAUCUCGCUCAGCGUGGAAGCCGUGUUGUAAUGCACGGAGUUUCCCGAACACGCCCACACGUUGUGCCAGGACUCAGGGCCCAGGGUGCUGUUUUCACGUGUGUCGAUUAGCAAUGGUAACUGCUAGGGACUUAAGCAGCUUUUAAGGAAAUUCUUCAGAAUUUCUUAGGAAGCUGUAUUGCAGGAAAUAAUAGAAAUUAAUUUUAUUGGCAAUAAACUUUAAAUCAGUCUUGGUGAAUUUUACAUUCUUGGGCUUCAGGU